AUAGAAGAAAAUACUACUAAUAACAAUAACAACAUUACCAUGAAAAAAGUCGUAGUUGCAGUGGAUGAAAGUGAAGAAAGCAUGUAUGCCUUAUCAUGGUGCCUCAGCAAUCUCUUAUCCGAGAAAAAUAUCAAUCAAAACAGCACCUUAAUCCUCCUCUACAUAAAGCCACCUGUACCUGUGUACUCAGCUCUAGAUGUUACAGGAUAUCUUUUGGCUGGGGAUGAAAUUGCAAAUAUUGAAAAAUACAACAGGAAUUUGGCAAAUUCAGUGAUGAGUAGGGCAGAGGCAGUUUGUAGAAAAUUCGAUACUACAGUCAAAGUGGAGAAGAAAGUUGGGAAUGGAGAUGCAAAGGAUGUAAUAUGCACAGCUGUUGAUAAACUAAAAGCAGACAUUUUGGUCAUGGGAAGCCAUGAUUAUGGUUUCUUCAAGAGGGCAAUUCUGGGAAGUGUGAGUGAUUACUGUGCAAAGCAUGUUAAGUGUCCGUUGGUGGUCGUCAAGCGUCCCAUGCCGGCUUAGCAUUAUGAGAAAUAACUAAAUGUUGUGUAAUGUCUUUGUGUUUGUUUUGUGGUUCAAUGUUAUGUAUAGUAUAAGGGUUUAUCUGUGCAUAGUUCAAGUUCUUGCAGCUUCAAAUUAAGCCUGGAAAAAGGUGUAUUGUAAUGUAUUGUGAUGGACGUUUAAGAUUUAUUUCGCUAUUUAGCUAUUAUUUGGCUUCAGAUCACUUUAGAUUGUAGUACUCUAUUCAUUGCCGG